GCGCAUUCAAAUUUUCCGGAACGAGAGCGGGUCGGAGAUUGGAUAAUUCGCGCGCGGCGAGAAAACGAGGCGAGCGGGCAGAAGCCAAGGAGGAUCAGUCGCGACAGUGAGAUUUGGAGUGCCGCGCGCGCGCGCGCCCGCAACGGUCCCGAUGAAGCGUGCGAGCCGGUCGGGCCACCACGUCGCGCUGCUGGCCGGCGCGCUGGUCUGCGCGGCGGUCGGCUGCCACGCCCGGCUGCCCGUCAGCAGCUACGCGCGGGAGCUGACGCUUUACAACGCCGAGAUCAUCCUCGGCGGGCGGCCGACCACGAGGAGCGGCAGCCUGGUCUACGCCGUCUGCGAGCAGCUGCCCGAGUACCUGUUCGACCAGGUGCAGUGCAACGUGAGCGUCGAGGCGCCGGCGUUCGCCGGCUCGACGCUGCCGAACCGCACCUGCCGCGUGCUCUUCGCCCCGGAGGAGCCGCGCGCGGCCAAGCUGGCCGAGCUGCGGCUCCACCUGCUCGACGACCGCAAGGCGCUGUUCUCGUGGUCGGUGGCGAGCGAGCGCGGCGACUGGCGCACGAACGUGCGCGUGCUGAGCAUGGCCGGCUGCGCGUUCAGCGACGUGUCGCUGCCCGUGCGCAGCGUGGCCCACGCGAUCGCCCGCAAGGCCGGCUUCGACCUGAUCGUCGGCUACCGCAGCUUCUGCGGCGCGGCGAGCCUCUGCAAGCUCAGCUACGACGCCGAGGGCAAGCGGCUCGCGGGGCCCGUCAGCAUCCUCUACGACUCGGACGUGCCCGUGGUGAUUCCGCCGGCGCAGCCCUUCCUGGACGAGGGCUACCUGCUGGCCGGCGUGGCGCCCCGCGGCUACGUCGUCAAGGUGGAGGCCGACGGCAGGCUGCGCCCGCUCAUGGCCAUCGACGUCCCCCCGGGGGGACGGACGCUGCGGGCCACCGUCUCCAGCCUCCACGGCUUCCACAGCUUGUGCGCCCUCGCCAACGGCAGCGCGCUCACCUGCCACCUCCACGAGCCGCGCUCGGGCUUCCGCGCCAGCGCCACCCUGCGGCUCGACGACGACGACGACGACGACCCCCGGUCCAACGCCACGCGCUGGAUAGCCACGCGCAACUCCCGGCGCAGGUCGCUCACGCUGCUCACCGGCAGGCUGCGCCACAACGGCAGCAGCGCCGACGACUUCUCGGUGGUCCGGCUGCACUCCGACGGCCGGUGGGGCAGGCCCGUCCGCCUCGGCGGCAUCGGCUUCAAGGGCGUCGACGAGUUCCACGCCGGGAUCUCCAAGAACAAGCUCGACGAGCUCUGCUUCCACUUUGUCGCCAAGCAGAACAAGUCCUACCGCGACGGGACCAUCAACCGUCUCAAGCUUGCGAUCAAGUGCUUGUCCAUGUCGCACCUCAACGCCGACAAUCUCCUCGUCGUCGAUUAGUCGAAUCGCUCCGAGGACGAACAAACAGCUGUACUUUCGUUUGAAUAAACGGCUCCAUUACCCCGCUUCCUCGAA